AUGAAUGGCGCCAACACAACCACACGCCACAACCACUCGUUCUCCGUCGAGGACGUUGACCUGGUCAUGGACGCGAGUCGCGCUGGCCAGGAGCGGGAAGCACGGCAGUCGCCACCAUCGAUGAAUGGGGUCGAGGUGCACGGGCUCAUGGAUGAGCACAGCGAUACGGAAGAGCUGUUGGCUGGGGUGACGCGCGAGGAGCUGCUGCAGUUUCAGGAACAGCUGCCAAACGCGGUGCCAGAUGCAAAGGUGCUGGCGCAGUCAGACCGCCGGCUGCUGAGCAGCUCCCACUCCAUUCGGUUCUCCCCGGCCCGCGCCGCAACCUGCGACGCAUAUGCGCAGACCGAUCCCCUCACCUUCGACAACCUACCCAGCCAGUUUGCUGCGAGAGACGCCAUCGACGAGCUUCCUCGCCCAGGCACCACGCACGGCCGCCGCGUGUCUGAUAUGCAUGGCCGAAGGCGCGUGUCUGAGAUGCGCAACAGGCGCGCCUCACGCUGGCGCUCAAAGAAGGCCUCCAUCCACCCAGAGACAGACGCCCUCGAACUCGACGCCCCAAAGCGCCUCCAAGCACGCGACAACGUGCGCCGCGCACUUGGGCGUUGGCAUCUGUUCUGGUACGAUCUUCGGCGAUGGUGGCAUCUGAAGCGCACGCGCCGCCGCGACCCCAUCCCCAUCUGGAGCCGCUCCAUCAAGCGCAUCGAGGGAUACUUUGGAUCUGGCCUCGCAUCUUUCUUCACCUUCCUCAGGUGGCUGUUCCUGGUGAACCUGCUCAUCUCGGUCGUGUACAUCUGCCUGGUGAUCCUGCCCAUGGCCAUCCGCUUCGACUACAACGGCAUCACGGAGUCGUUCCAGUGGUACAACGUCAUUGAUGGCGCCGGUGCCGUCGGCCAGUCGUGGAUCUUCUACGGGGGCUACUCGUCCAUUGGUGGAUAUCGGAUGGAUCUCGCGUACGUGCUGGUGCCCGCCGGCCUGAUCACCGCCUGCUUCUUCAUCAUCAUCCGCAGCGCAGCAAAGACGUCCGAAUCAAAGUCCCUCGUGCAAAUCGAUGCUCGCAUGCCAUUUGGCAUCAUCGUCCUCGCCUCGUGGGAUUACAGCCUCAACCAGCCAUCCGGCGUGGAGAACUUGAAGAGCGGCAUUUCAAACGCGAUCAAGGACGCGAUUGCAGAGGACAAGGCGCAGCACGACAUUCACGAGCUCAAGGAGGCCGACUGGAAGGAGAAGGCCCGCGUCUACGCCAUGCGCGCUGCUGCCUGGUUCAUCUGGAUGCUCUUUGUUGCGGGUUCCUUUGCGGCCAUUUGGUUCGUUGUUUUGGAGCAACGCUUCACCAGCGUCGGCAACAACUUUGUGGAGACAUAUGCGCCUGUGCUUGUGCUCUCCUUCAUCAACGGUGCUCUUCCGUUGGCCAUCAAACGUCUCAACAAUAUCGAGCACUACAAACACCCGCGUACCGCCUCCCAGGUGACGACGCUGCGUGUGUUCAUGCUGCGCAUCCUGACCAUCUACGCUCUGCUGUACGGUUUCUUCCAAAAGACCAACUUCACCGAGCUCCAGACCCCCGUCUACAACGGCACAAACAGCUCAGCAUCCAUCACACAGGAUGACUGUGCGGGCACAGUGAUUGGCAAGGAGAUUUACAAGCUUGUGCUCGUGGACACCCUUGUUGGCAUGUUGCAGCGACUUGCGGCCACCCUCUUCUGGUACUUCUGGCUGAAACGACGCGUUGAGCUUGACCUCGUCCAAUGCGUGCUCCAUCUGGUCUAUCGCCAAGGGCUGGUGUGGAUUGGCAUGAGCUUUUCGCCGGCCGUGCCCGUCGUUGCUGCCAUCUCAAACGUUCGCCGCUUCUGUCGACCUCCGCAGACGCGUUGGGAUUCGAGCAAGAAUACGAGCUUCUUUCUGUGGUGUCUUGGCGCCACGUUAUUCUUCAUGGCCAUUCCCCUCGCGUGGGCGCUCACGGAGUACAAACCGAAUUGUGGGCCGUAUGCUGCAAGCGAAUAUGACUCGUGGUUCGAUGCCAUCAGCAUGUGGAUCACAGAGUCCAAGGGCUCGCUUCGCCGCUUCUUCAGCGUUGUCCUCAACCCCGUCUUCAUGUUUGGCGUCCUGUUGCUCCUCUGCAUGUGGAUUACGAUGCUGCGCAUUCGCGUGCAGAAUGUGCGGCGAGUUGUCCGCGACACGGAGUGGGAGCUCAAGCAGACCCGUGAGGACAAGAAGAUGCUUCUUGUCGCCCUUCAAGUCAAGGGUGGGAGGGGCAACGCACUCGGUGCCCCAUCGGGCGAGUCACUGGUGUGA